ACACCCCACACCGCUUGACACGUCCACCAUGAUCAUUGACCCCAACACCACAAAGAUGACUCCGAACCAAGACAUGCAGGCACCGCCCUCUUACGACGCGGCUAUGAAGGACAUUACCUCGUCGGGCCCCUUUGUCACCAAUGGCACCAGCACCGCCGACAGCGUCAAGGUCCCACUACCCGAGGGUACGCCCGCACAGGGUCCCUCACCGCAGGUCCCCUCUAUGCCUGCCACCACAGUGUAUAAUUAUGUCAACCCGAUCACGCAAGAGCAGAUUGUGUCUCUGCUGCCCCCAGACCACCCACAGAUGAUUUGUCUGCAACAAGGAGGACACGUACCUCGCACACAUUACGGUGUACUUGGUAUACUCGCGGCUGUCUUUUGGUUUCCCUGGGGUAUCGGCUGCUGUCUCUUGGACCGCAGGACGACAUGCGAACGCUGCGGCGCGGUGAUGGACGACGGCUUCUGUGGAUGAGUGUAUAUCGUUUCCUUGUGCCAUUCACAAUGUUGCGUGGGCAUGCUCGCAUGAUCUAUGGCUGCUAUUGUAGGAUCUCAUAUAGACAUCUGUGCCCACUGUAUUAGUAAAUCAUACGCUCGUUGUGUUAUGUAUUAGAUCUUCCCUCCCCGGUUGUAAUGGAUUAGUACAUCACGCAUGCAUA